ACGCGCCAACUAUACUGCCCACUCCCUGGCUCGUCGCAGCCGUUUUAGCAUGAGGACUGAGCCAGCGGUGCUCGUGCACCUUUCCUCAUAGCAGGGUGGAGUGGGGAACGCUGCCCGUCCCCCUCUAGGUAAAUGACUCGCUGAGGAGGGGCACCGCCGGGAUCUCCCUGCCUUUUGAAUGGACUGAUUUAUUCGUGCGCCGGACAAGCAGCGUGUAGUAUCCACCGAAGGAGCCGCUCCUCAUCACUCCAUCCAGUCCCCGCUGACGGACUGAUUCACUCUCGUUCCGUUUCUUUCUUCACAUGCUUCGAUCUGGCGGCUCUUUGUCACGGUUACCGCUACCUAGCCGGUGCGCUUGGUGAAACGAUGGAACGCUUCUUGGGCUUUGUAAGGCAAAUUCGCCGCUCGCGGAGGCGCAAAGGCAAAAAGUACCGACCGGAGGAGGAUUACCACGAAGGCUACGAGGACGUCUAUUACUACGCCUCCGAGCACCUGCAGAAUGAGGGACCAUAUACCAAACCAUCCAACCCAUCAAAGCCAUCAGAUGGAACUCUGGCCAUUAGGAGGCAAAGCAUCCCAGAUGAGUUUAAAGGGUCUACCAUAGUGGAGCUAAUGAAGAAAGAGGGCACCACUCUGGGUCUCACAGUGUCAGGAGGUAUAGACAAGGAUGGCAAACCAAGGGUUUCUAACUUGCGACAAGGAGGCAUUGCUGCCAGGAGUGACCAAUUAAAUGUUGGUGACUAUAUUAAGUCUGUGAAUGGAAUAAAUCUGACCAAAUUUCGCCAUGAUGAAAUCAUCAGUCUUCUCAAAAAUGUUGGGGAGAGAGUGGUCCUAGAAGUUGAAUACGAGUUACCUCCAGUCUCUGUUCAAGGUGCUGGUGUUAUUUUCAAAACUCUGGAAGUAACAUUGCACAAAGAAGGCAACACUUUUGGAUUUGUAAUAAGAGGUGGUGCACAUGAAGAUAGAAACAAAUCUCGACCGAUUGUUAUAACAACAGUUCGUCCUGGAGGGCCAGCAGACAGGGAAGGAACCAUUAAGCCUGGAGAUAGGCUCUUGAGUGUUGAUGGUAUUCGGCUUCAUGGCACAUCUCAUGCUGAGGCCAUGAGUAUCCUGAAACAGUGUGGUCAGGAGGCCACUCUUCUUAUAGAAUAUGAUGUGUCUGUAAUGGAUUCUGUGUCUACUGCUUCAGGGCCCCUCCUGGUAGAAGUUGCCAAAACCCCUGGCUCCAGUUUGGGCAUUGCACUGACUACCUCAAUGUAUUGUAACAAGCAAGUUAUUGUCAUUGACAAAAUUAAGCCUGCAAGCAUUGCUGACAGGUGUGGUGCAUUACAUGCUGGUGAUCACAUAUUAUCAGUUGAUGGCACCAGCAUGGAGUACUGCACUUUAGCAGAAUCAACACAGCUCCUGGCUAGUGCAUGUGAACAUGUCAAACUAGAAAUUCUUCCUCAACACCAAACAAGACUGGCUCUAAAGGGUCCAGAACAUGUCAAGGUGCAGAGGAGCAACAGACAGUCCACCUGGGAUUCUUGCGCCAACAACAACAGCAACUUCCUCUCCUACCAACAUUAUAACACCUACCACCCUGACCAUUGCAGGACGCAGACCUUGAAAUACCAGAAACCCUCUCCAAACAACCUUCCCUUGGUGUCUUCAUCCUUUUCACCUACCUCCAUGAGUGCAUACAGCCUGAGUUCACUUAAUGUUGGAACCCUACCUCGCAACUUGUACCCAACUAGUCCCCGUGGCACUUUGUUAAGGAGGAAAAUGAAGAAAAAGGACCACAAGAGUUCACUGUCUUUAGCCUCCAGCACAUUAGGCCUUGCUGGGCAGGUUGUCCAUACAGAAACUACCGAAGUUGUUCUUGUGAGUGAUCCUGUCAUUGGCUUUGGUAUCCAGCUACAGGGUGGAGUGUUUGCUACUGAAACCCUUUCAUCUCCACCAUUGAUUGCCUAUAUGGACCCUGACAGUCCCGCUGAAAGGUGUGGGAUAUUGCAGGUUGGAGAUAGAAUCCUAGCAAUUAAUGGCAUCCCAACAGAAGAUAGCACUCUUGAAGAGACCAAUCAGUUGCUUCGAGAUUCUGGCAUUACCAGCAAGGUCACCAUAGAGAUAGAGUUUGAUGUGGCAGAGUCUGUCAUACCAAGUAGUGGGACAUUUCAUGUGAAGUUACCAAAGAGGCCUGGAGUGGAGCUCGGGAUAACCAUUAGCUAUUUGCUUUCAGCUCCUUCAAGUAGGAAACCUGGAGAUCCUCUAAUCAUUUCGGACAUUAAAAAAGGAAGUGUUGCACACAGAACGGGAACUCUGGAGGUUGGGGAUAAACUUUUAGCCAUAGAUAACAUCAGGCUGGACAACUGCUCUAUGGAGGAUGCUGUUCAGAUUCUUCAGCAGUGUGAGGAUUUGGUUAAACUCAAAAUACGUAAAGAUGAAGACAACUCAGAUGAACAGGAGAGCUCAGGGGCAAUCAUCUACACAGUUGAAUUAAAGCGUUAUGGAGGUCCACUGGGUAUUACAAUCUCGGGGACAGAAGAACCAUUUGACCCUAUCAUCAUCUCCAGCUUGACGAAAGGAGGCCUGGCGGAAAGGACGGGUGCAAUCCACAUUGGUGAUAGAAUUCUGGCAAUAAACAGUAACAGCCUAAAGGGCAAACCCCUGAGCGAAGCUAUUCAUCUGUUGCAGAUGGCUGGAGAAUCGGUCACACUGAAAAUCAAGAAACAAGGAGAUGUACCAAGCCCUAAAAAAUCUUCAGUUUCUGGCCGCCUCAGUGAGCUCAGUGAUGCGGAGGAUGAGAUGUUAUCUGCACAGAAGGCAGGGAAGCUCUCCGACAUCUAUUCAACCACCAUUCCCAGUGUGGACAGUGCAGUGGAGUCCUGGGAUGGCUCAGCGAUUGACACAGGCUAUGGGAGCCAAGGCCCAGGAUACCAAGCCACUGGAUACAGCUUUCACAACCAUGAGUGGAGAAAUGGCAAGCGCCAGGACAGCCUGUCUCCUGCCAGUCGGCAAAAAAACAUCUUUCAGGAUUUGGGGCUAAGUGAUGAGGAGUGGGACAGACCUACUGCCAGCAGGUUCACCAUAGGCAAUGAUGGUACAGAACCAGAUCAAGAAGAAAAUUUCUGGUCCCAGGCCCUUGAAGAUUUAGAGACAUGUGGCCAGUCUGGUAUUCUGCGGGAACUUGAGGAAAACCCUGACAGGCUUUUGAAUAUGAGAAACCUGGCCACCUUGGCUACCAUCAUGUCGGGCAGCACAUUGAGCUUGAAUCACGACCCACCCCAGAUGCGCAGCCACCUGGGAAGACAAGCCAGCUUCCAGGAGAGGAGCUCCACUACACCCCACUACACCCAGGCCAAUCGCAGCAACACGCUGCCCAGUGACAUCAGUAGGAAAUCAGUGGCCAUGCGGAGAAUCAAGCAGGAGAUGAAGGAAAUCCUCUCGCCGACGCCUGUCGAAUUGCACAAGGUCACUCUCUACAAGGAUUUGGACGCAGAAGACUUUGGCUUUAGUGUUUCAGACGGCUUGCUAGAGAAAGGGGUGUAUGUGAACAACAUCCGUCCUGGCGGCCCCGCAGAAGUUGGAGGCCUUAAACCAUAUGACAGGCUGCUACAGAUAAACCACGUCCGCACCAGGGAUUUUGACUGUUGUCUGGUAGUGCCUCUUAUUGCCGAAUCUGGAAAUAAACUUGACUUGGUCAUCAGCAGGAACCCUUUGGCUUCUCAGCAAGCAGGAGGAGCAGAAACAAAGGCUUCAGCGACCUUAGGGGAGUGGACUGACAAGAGUGAUCCUGUGCAGCCACCCGUCCAGACUGGCCGAACAGCCAGUAUAGACAGGAGGGAUCCCACCAAAACACUCUAACACAAGAAGCACUGAGCUGCAUAGCAUUUCACAAGCGUUCCCAUGGUGCUAAAUGAGAUGUUCCUCUGUGGCAAAGAGGAGAGAAGUCGCUCUGUGUGAAGGAUCUGGAAGCACACGAAAUCUCAUCAGUUACCAGAGCAUGAACCACACUUAGUACUCCAACAUGUUUACCCAUGACCUGCCUCUGAUGGGUGUCUGUGCAAACCUUUGUGAUGAUGACAACAAAUGACUUCUUGGUAUGGGAAAAUAAAAGUGCCAUCCUUCAUGUGAAUCCCAGGACAUUUGCUUGCUAAUAACUAACAAGAAUAGGAAAGAGUGGAAGCCAUGCCCACCUUGUAUACACAGCUGACCAAAUGUCCUGUGCUCAGGGACUGCUAUGCCCUGAUAAAACGCCAUAACAAAGAUAGUCUGGACAGCAUGGGCCUCACAUCAGGAAGGCUGGAUGUACCCCGCGUGAAUCUGUGGCUCCUCCUUGGUGUACCCCUUCUCAGUUACACAGUGUACCCAGCGGGUCGCACUGGCCUGGCACUGAUACGCAGUGCUCUGCGGUUUUGUUUUCUGUCUUUGAUGUGUUUCUUACCCAAUGGCAGGAAGUGAGACAAAAGACUAAAGCUGCAGUUUGAAGUCUACAGGCCUUUGUAACAAAAGCUUACCUUGACCACCCUCAGAGAUCCAGCCAUCUCUGUUUAGCUCUCUUUUUUUCAUUUUUAUAAUGUGUGUAAACCCUUGCAGAAUUUGUUUUCAUGUCUUCCUGCUUUCCUAGAGGGGUCCAGUCUAACCACCACGGUGGCUGCACAUGCUCAAUGCAGACAAUCGGCCUCUUCCCCCUUGUUGAAUACCAGUUCUUUGUUUCAAAGAAUCUAGGGGUCUGUUUUGAGUGUCUUAGUAGUGAAAGUGUGUGCUGUUGGUCAGUGUCCUCAGUUGAGAGGUGUGUCUCAUCAAUGACUGAGUUUUAGGAUCAAAGUGGUAUGUCUGACACGAACGAGGUGAAAAAUGCACCCCCCGAAUUGUAUAAACUGUGCAAAUCUGCACUGGAAAUAUUUUAAAGAAAAAAAAUAUAUAUAUAUAUAUAUAUGACUUUGAGUUUGUUUUUAAGUAAAAGAUCAGAAUUAAUCUGCAGAUGUGGUUAUCCUGGCUCCGCCCCCAACACCCCCAUUGGCUGUUAUUCUUUCAGCGGCAUGCGUGUCUCCAUUUGUCACUUAGUUUAGCAUUGGCAAUAGAGCCGUAAACUUCAUAUGCAAGCCAGUCGCCCGUCUACUGUACUGUGACUGUAGCUGGUCUUUGUUCCAUAAACCACUACUGCCUUAUUUAAAAGACAAUUCCAUGAAGCGGAGGGCUCACACUAACUACACUUUGGGUGAAAACCAAGACGUGCUGCUAUGCUGCUGGCCUCCACUGGGAAGUGUUCACCUUUUGUUUGGCACCAAGUCCUUUACAUUGUGCACAGUUACUAUACGACAAGCGAUGUGUUUCCUCAGUUUCAGUGUGGCCCAAGUCAAUGUUGAUUUGUUUGUGACACCUAAGAUGAGAUCUGUGUGUGUGUGUGUGUGUGUCUCUCUCUCAGUGAUUUCUUUAACUGGUGUUCCCCAGUAGUGGACAGUGAUCACCAAACUCCUACUGCAUCCAUCUCCCCACAACACUCGCUGCAUUUCUCUUCUCUGGGAUUCGGCACAGAAGUGCAAAGACGCUUGGCUCCAACCCCAUCUCUUCCAACGGGCAGCUUGGGACGAGAAAAGCCUGCACUUGCACUCCACCACUCAGACUGUGCUCACCUUUUGACAGAUUUUCCUACUGAAAACAUCUUUUAGAGGAGCAAUAAAAUAGAAGAAAAAAAAUAAAAAGGUCCUGGUAGUUUUACUUUUUCGCUUUUCCAGCCCACUAUUUUUUUAAUCAUGUAAUCAAUUUUUGUACUCCUGGAUUUGAGAGACUCUACACUGCUAACAUGCUCUUUGCACCUUAAUUUU